AUGCUGAACCGUCCAAAGCCAGCUGACGAGCUGCAGGGCAGGUGGCUGCUUGUGCCUGGCCACUCCAGCUGGUAUCCCCAGGCCUCUAGUGUAGCCUGGGGGUGUGUCUCUGUGGGGUGGAGCCUGCCUUGCCAGCCCAGGGGGGACAUUGGGCCUCCGGGGGUCAGUCAGUCCUUCGGGAGUCACAGCAGCCAGGCCCAGCAUCUGCUGAGGGAGGAGCCAGCCUCCCGGGAGUCCCCGGGUGGACGGUGUGGCAGGGGCAUGUGCCUGCCCCCGGGGAGACCCCACAAAGCCGUCCCCCAGCUCCAGCUGCUCAGCCAGGCCUGGUCUAGAGAGGCCAAGCCGCUAGGGUGGUGA